AUGAGUGCGCUGGUUUCUGCAAAUAUUCAAAGACUGGUCAGACUCUCUACUCGUCAUUCUAUUUUUAACCCCGUUUCAAAACCACCAAACUGUCUACAUGCAAUUCCUAGCUCAUGCUUCGGUAAUAAUUCCUCUUCAAAACCGCAAUCAAGAAUUGUCACCAUUCCCAACAUUUUGACGUCCUUACGUAUUGGUGCGACUCCCUCGAUUUUUUUCCUUAUUCUAAGACAGGAUCUUUCAUCAGCUGCUAUACUAGCUGCAGUUAUUGGAUUAACUGAUGCAGCUGAUGGUUAUAUUGCUCGCCGUUUUCCAUCACAACAAUCCGUUACGGGUUCCUACCUGGACCCCCUAGCUGACAAGCUCUUCAUUUCUUUGCUUUCUGUGGCCAUGGCGUACACGAACCUACUCCCCGUAAGUCUGGUAGCCCUAUUUCUAAUGCGUGAUGCACUUCUCCUCACUGGCGCCUCCUACCUGCGUUUUGUCUCGUUGGGUCACCCGUGGAACACCGCUGUUCAAAUAACGGCGGUAUUUUCCAGUCUGAUGGCCCCCGUUCUUGGUUUGCAAGAUAGCCUGGCACUCCCCGCCCUAUGGUUAACGGCCGCAAGCACAACCAUUUACUCGGGCUUCGGGUAUGCACAAAGCUUCCCAAGUUUCUUUCAGGAGGCUCUCAGAAUUUCGGCUUCCAAGAAGAGGGAGAAGCGGUAG